GUUGCUAGCGUUACAGAAAUACCUUCGCGUGUUUUCUAUUUCGGAUUUGUUCCCGCCCACAUCUCCGACUCCGGUGUUUGGGGGGGUGUUGACAGGACAAAGCAUUUCUUCUGCACAUAAUCAUCUUUAUAAUCUGUAGAGUUUAAGGUCUAGAGGUGGAAAAAUUUAUCUGAGCUACAACUCACUAACAACAGGCUUUGAACUUGGUGAAGCCGAAGUUAUCACCAUAGCUAUGCUGUGUUGGGGAAAUGCCUCCUAUGGGCAGCUUGGAUUGGGUGGAAUUGACGAAGAGAUAAUAGUAGAGCCCCGCAAGUGUGAAUUCUUAAACGGCAAGGUGGUGCGAGGGGUUGGCUGUGGGAGAAGACAUACUGUUUUUCUUCUUGGAGAUGGAACCGUGUAUACAUGCGGCUGCAAUGACCUGGGUCAGCUGGGGCAUGACAAGGCACGCAAAAAACCAGAGCAAGUAAUGGCACUUGAUGCUCAGAAUAUUGUAGCGGUAUCUUGCGGUGAGUCUCACACUCUUGUUGUAAACGACAAAGGACAAGUGUUUGCAUGGGGACAGGCUUCUGAUGGACAGCUCGGCCUUGCCAACAAGGAAGAAUGUAUGCGUGUGCCCAGAACAGUCAAGAGUUUGUCAGAAGUCCAUGUUGUUCAGGUCUGCUGUGGUUAUAGGCAUUCCCUUGCACUGUCUAGGAGGGGUCAGAUAUUUUCCUGGGGGCAAAAUAGGUAUGGACAAUUAGGACUGGGGAAAGAGGGACCUUGUGCUUUGACCCCACAGGUCAUCCAGUCUUUACAGGGCAUCCCAUUUGCCCAGAUCUCAGCAGGAGGUGCUCACAGCUUUGCACUGACAAUGUCUGGAGCUGUAUUUGGUUGGGGACGAAACAAGUUUGGCCAGCUGGGCCUAAAUGAUAAUCAGGAUCGAUGUUUUCCUUCCUUGCUGAAGACACUCAGAUCACAAAGGGUCGUUUAUAUAUGUUGUGGAGAAGAUCACACUGCUGCAUUAACAAAGGAGGGAGGUGUGUUCACAUUUGGAGCAGGUGGAUAUGGUCAGCUGGGCCACAAUACCAUAAACCACGAAGUUAACCCACGAAAGGUUUUUGAACUCAUGGGAAAUGUUGUUACACAAAUCGCUUGUGGUAGGCAGCAUACCUUAGCAUUCAUUCCAUCCUCUGGCAAGAUUGAUUCUUUCGGUCUUGGAGGAAACGGACAACUUGGCACACGUAACACCUGCAACAGGAUAAGUCCUGCUCCUGUAAAAGGCCAAUGGAGAGCUCACACCGACUCCAUACCAAUGGAUUCUGAGGCUGAGCAGUUCUACUGUGUCAAGAGGAUUUAUGCUGGUGGAGACCAGAGCUUUGCUUACUGCUACUGUCCUCAGAAUGGCUCUCCCCCAGAUGAUCUGCAAAUACAACAUUGUAACCAGCAUGUCUUAACCUUAAAUGGUGACCUUAUACAGAAAUGGCUGAGCCACGGUCAGGGAAGACUCUCACCAGAAAUUACAGUUGAGAUUGAUGAUGUAUUCUCCUCAGCAAGUUGUCUAAAUGGGAGUUUUCUUUCUGCAAGCUAUCCAGAUCAUUAUCGCACCAGCAGUAAAUGUCCUGGGGUGGACAUGAACAUGGCUCGUCUACUCUUCCACAGACUCAUCCAGCCUGAUUUUCCACAUAUUUUACAGCACAUUACUGCCAGUUUGGAGAGGCAUUUGAUUCCCAACCUUUGCAGCUCUCCUCCAGACAUUGAGGCACUGAGGCUCUACCUUAUACUUCCAGAAUGUCCUCUGUUUAAAAACCCCAACAAUUACGUCACACUCACCAUUCCCUUUGCCAAGGCAAUCGUCUGCCUCAACAAUACUCCCCUCAAAGUGCUUGGAAAUUGGUGGUCUGGCUUUGAUCCAGCACUGUUUCAAGGACUUGUGGAAUUGUACAAAGAGGUGGUUUUGUAUCUACUUCGGAUGCAGAAGAUGGGAAUUUUGCCAUCCGAGCACAGGACAUUCACCUGCUUCCUCAGUACCUGUUUGAAAUUUCUGGAGAUUCUGCAUUCUGUAAAUGAGCGAGCUGGCCAAAUAAUUCAGUAUGAUAAGUUUUACAUACAUGAACUGGAAGACCUGGUUGACAUUAGGAGUGAUUAUGUUACAUGGAUCCAGCACCAGAUGUUUUCCAUUGAUAUGGACUCUCAGGUCACCCUGUGCAAAUACCCUUUUGUAUUUGAUGCUCAGGCAAAGACCACCCUGCUUCAAACUGAUGCUGUUAUACAGAUGCAGAUGGCUGUGGACCAAGCAGAAAGACAGAACCUCAGCUCUUUAUUCCUGCCUGGUGGCAUGGUGGAGUCAGUAAACCCAUGCCUCAUUCUCAUAGUGCGCAGAGAAAAUGUUGUUGAGGACACUAUGGAGGUUUUGCGGAAGUCCAAAAAUGUUGAUUACAAGAAACCUUUAAAGGUGAUCUUUGUUGGAGAAGAGGCUGUGGAUGCUGGGGGGGUGAGGAAAGAAUUCUUCCUCCUCAUCAUGAAAGAACUGCUGGACCCCAAAUAUGGCAUGUUCAGGUAUUACAUGGAUUCCAGACUCAUCUGGUUUUCAGACAAGACGCUAGAAGAUAUCGACUUAUUCCACCUCAUUGGGGUCAUUUGUGGUUUGGCCAUUUACAAUCUGACUAUAGUGGAACUGAAUUUCCCUGUAGCCCUGUACAAGAAACUCUUGAAGAAACCUCCAACUCUGGAGGACUUGAAGGAGCUCAUGCCUGUUGUUGGCAGGAGUCUGCAAGAAUUAUUGGACUACACGGAAGAUGACGUUGAGGAAACAUUCUGCUUGAACUUCACAAUUACUGUGGAAAACUUUGGUGAAACUGAGGUAUUGGAGCUGGUGCCUAAUGGCACUAACAUCAAUGUAAACAACCACAACAGACAAGAGUUUGUAAAUGCCUACGUUGACUACAUUUUCAACUUUUCUGUGGCUCCUCUUUUCAAUGCCUUCUAUGCUGGAUUCCACAAAAUAUGUGGAGGGAAAGUUUUGGAGCUAUUUCAGCCAAAUGAACUGCAGGCCAUGAUUAUUGGAAACACAAAUUACGACUGGAAUGAACUAGAGAAGAACACAAAGUACAAGGGAGAGUACUGGCCUGAGCACCCAACGAUCAAAUUCUUCUGGGAGGUUUUCCAUGAGUUGCCUCUGGAAAAGAAGAAGCAGUUCCUCUUGUUUCUCACAGGUAGUGAUCGAAUCCCCAUUCUGGGAAUGAAGAGUCUCAUCUUGGUUAUUCAGCCAACAGGAGGUGGAGAGAACUAUCUUCCUGUUGCCCACACUUGCUUCAAUCUUUUAGAUUUGCCCAAGUAUACAAGAAAAGAAAACCUCAAAGAGAAGCUUCUACAGGCAAUUGAACACAAUCAGGGCUUCAAUCUGGUAUGAACGUUUACAGGAACACAUUAGUUUCCAGACCACAGAUGUUUGAACCCGCCAAUUAAAAAAGACUUGAGAGUUCAAUACUCAUGGGAGUUUAAUAUAAAUAAAUGAUCUCAUUAGAUUGCACUGUCGAUUAAAUGACUAUAUUCAGCAAUUAAAGCUUUGUUGACACCGUGUGCACAUUUGAUUAUUUUUCUGUUCUUUGGAAACGUCUGCCAAAUAUAAGCUUUUGGGGUGUUUUUUGUUAUGUGUGUUUAAUAGUGCUGCUGAAUUUCACUAAGGUCGAAAUCUCUUGCCUGCUCAUUGUUCAAUACUGAUUUACUUUAUACACAAUAAAACAGUUUAGUGAUUUGAUGCAUAAAGCUAACUUGCCAGCCUUAUUUAACCUCUAGAGAUGGAGUCUUUGGUUCUUGGUGUAUUUGCAAAUAAAUUCUACUGAUUUGGAUUCUUUAUUAAUUAUUUUAUAUUACUGUCUUUAUGAUACACAGAGUUGUUUAAUGUAUCUUAAAUGAGAAUAAUGAUAAAAAUUGAUCAAAUGAUUUGCUAGAAAGGUGUGUGUGUGUGUGUGUGUGUGUGUGUGUGUGUGUGUGUGUGUGUGUGAGAUCUAGAGAUAAACUGGUUUAUUGAAAUCAUCAUUCCUUUGAUUUUAUUUUUGUCCCAAAUGUAUUGGAUUGUCAAAAGUUGAGUGAAUCACAAUACAUUAAAUAUAGUUUAUCAAAGUUCA